AUGGCACCUACGAAACGUGCGGGAAAAGCCAAGCAACCCAAGUCAGGUGGCGCGAACGGAUCUCCGCCGUCUCCUUUCAAGCAACCUCCCGACGCUCUCAGCGCAUUUGUCCAAGGCCUCUCUGAGAAGCAUGUGUACAUUACGCACGUCGACUCGAAGCCCGCAGCUUUCAAGCGCAAGAUUUUUCUCGUUCCGGUGGCUAUGAACAUUGCCGUGUCACUGCUCUUCGUCUGGCGCAUGUACACCAUCGCGCCUUGGUACUGGAAGAUUGUGCAGUCUGGCCUGGGCUGGUCCAACGAAACCACGUUUCCCGUUGCCGGGUCUUCGUGGCAAGAAUUCGCUUGGGAGGUCUCCAUGCGUGCCAUCACCAUGUUUAUUGACUUUGUCUUGUUUGUAUUUGUCUGGCCCUGGCCGGUGGAAUUCGCCGCCGGGCAGGCGCACGGCAAUCCCAUGUUUUGGAGGCGCAAGGUCGGGUUUCAGGAGAAGGAGAUUUACGUCCGGCGCAGUCGUGACUGGGAUCGGGUUCUGGGAGAUAUUUUCAAGGACCAAGACUCCAAGAGGAUCUUGCUGGCCUACGUCAAUGCGGCCACAUCGCCAAUCCUGCAGGAGCAGAAAACAGGCUACCUAUUGAUGAAUGGCCAGUGGGAUCUCGACUGGGCCUCCAUGGUUCACGCUCACUCCCUGGUUGACCACAAGAUUGCAGCCGUGGAGGCGUUCAAGACUGUCGUGCUGCUACAUCACAAGGACUUUGGGUGGCUUUGCUAUGACAUGAAGGCCGGCGCGGCCGCAGAUGAAGACGGCAAACGCAGACAAGUGUUUGCCUUUCGAAACGCGCUCACCUCAAUGGGCAAGGAAGACUUGUUCUAUCGGUGGGUGGAGAUGGUACAGUUUGAUGCCACGCAGCCCGGAGGCUUUGGCCCUGAGCAACAGGAGGCUACGGCCAGGAGGAUCCGUGAGAUGUUUGAGGCGGCUGACGUCGACUUUGACGAAUUGUGGAAGGAGGCGGUAGAGGAGGCGAGGAUAGAGUGA